AUGGCCAAAAUCCCUAUGAUCCCCGAUCACAUAAUCAUUCCUUGGAUUCCUCCCCCGCGACCAAGAUACAUUCUCACCAGCGCCAAUAUUAUUGACCCUGUUCAAGGCACCGUACUAGAGAACGCAACGAUCCAUCUCUGCGAUGGUAUCAUCAAAUCUAUCAAUGGCGAUGCAACAGAAUGGAGCGACGAUCCGUCUGUUGUGAAAAUGGACUUGGGCGGAAAGUAUGUUUGUCCCGGCCUGAUAGAUUGUCAUGUGCAUCUCGCGGCAGUUCCUGGGAAGAAGGGUCUGGAGGAUUUGAAGAAUUUCAACCUUUCAGCCUCGCUCCUUCGCCAGCCACAAGUCUGCAAAUCUAUGUUGGAGAGGGGAUUUACAACCGUGAGAGAUUGCGGUGGUGCUCUAGCUCCCUUGAAAAAAGCGAUUGAGGACUAUGUUCAUCCAGGCCCAAGGCUAUUCAUCGCUGGGCAUGCAUUAUCACAAACAGGCGGUCAUGCAGACGUCCGCGAACAGCUAAACGAACAUGAGUGUUGCGGCGGAACUAUCCAAGGGAUUGGGCGAAUCAUUGAUGGCGUGCCAGAUUGUUUGAAGUAUACCCGGGAGGAGCUUCGCCAAGGAUCCGACUUUAUCAAGAUCAUGGGCGGUGGUGGGGUGGCUAGUCCAACAGAUAAGAUCGAGCACAUCCAGUUCUCAGAUAAGGAGAUCAAGGCUAUUGUGACGGUCGCGUCUAACGCAGGCACAUACGUGACGUCUCAUGCCUACACACCUCAAGCGAUCCAACAGGCAGUCAACCAGGGAGUUCUGGGUAUCGAGCAUGGAAAUCUCAUCGAUAAAGAAACCGCUGAACUCAUGGCUGCCAAAGGAGUCUUUCUGACCCCGACCCUAGUUGCUUACGCAACUAUGGAGCAAUUUGAAGGCUUUCUCCCACCUGCUUCAGCCAAGAAGAACAGGGAGGUAUUGGAGAAAGGAUUGGAAGCCAUCAAGAUUGCAACGGAGGCUGGAGUAACAAUAUGUUUCGGAAGUGACCUCCUCGGGCAAUUACAUUUUGCGCAGUCCCGCGAAUUCGGGCUCCGAUCGCAGGUUCAAAGUUCGCUUGAAGUUCUGCAAAGUGCGACCAUCAACGCUGCUCGAAUGCUUAGGCAGGAAAAGUUCUUGGGCCAGGUCGCCCCAGGAUUUGCUGCCGACCUUCUGAUCUUGAACGUGAAUCCAUUGGAGGAUAUUACCGUUCUGGAUACACCGGAGAAGCAUGUACUGGCGACAUUCAAGGAUGGACGAGUCUUCGCGUCUAGGUGGUCAGAACUGGAAACCUACUUCAGCCGAACAGUAAAUAUUGCUUAG